UUGAAAAUAAAUGUUGGUUUUCCGAGACUCUAUAUUUGGCGCCUAUCCAAUCGAUCAGUCCUCACAAAUCCCAAAUUCUCUAUCGCUCUUCUUCUCUCCCCUUCUUCCACUCUUCUCAAUUCUCAUUUCCUUCAGGGUUUUCUUCGCAGACAAAUUGGCGUGUUAGGUCAACGAAUUCCAGAUUAUGAUGGCCUCGCAUAACCUACCAUUCAAAGUUGGGGAAGACAUAGAAUGGAGUUCAUUUAUGAAAGGUUAUCGCGGUGCGUGGUUCCGAUGUAAGAUAAAAGAUAUUGGCUGGAGAAAUGGUCAACUGUCAUGUGCCUUAUUCUAUUAUGACUUUCCAGAUGAAAAAUCAAAAUGGGAAAAAAUAUAUCAAAGCAACCCUGCUGAUAGUAAAAGGACAAGAAAAGAGAAGAUAUUGAUGAUGCGUCCUCCCUUUCCUCCUAUGUAUAAUGAAAGUAAAAGGCCUGAUGUCAAUACUAUAUCAGAAGUGGUAGUUAUUGUCAGUGAUGUCUGGAAGGUGGGAGAUUUAGUUGAUUGGUGGAAGGAUGAUUGUUAUUGGUCUGGAAAAGUAGCAGAAGUGUUAGGGGAUGAAAAAGUUAAGGUUGAGUUGCCACGUCCUCCUGUUGGUGAAGGAGUUGAAGGAGAGACCUAUGAGGCUUCUUGCAACGACUUGCGUGCAUCCCUGAAUUGGUCUCUAGAAGGCGGUUGGACAGUGCCUACAUCCAAGGAGAGUGAAAAUGGGCGUCCUUGUGCUCGAGUAAUUAAGCCUGAUAAUCAAGGGGACAUUGCAAGCUUGAUGGUCCAAUCUUUGGGUGAUGGAAGUAGGGAUGUCCAAGCUAUUGCUGGUGUCAAGCAACCUUUAACAGGAAAGGACACACCAGCUGCAGAAACAAAUAUGGAGUCUGAUGUGGCAGAUAGUGGGUUUGAGAGAAUGAGUUGCCCAGAUACUGUUUCAAAAUUGCAUGUUAAAGAUGCAUCAAAUGAAAUGGAGGCAACUACAACUAGGGUAGACAUACUUGAUAACAAAAAGCCCUUAAAGAGAAAGAAAACUCAUGUGGCAGAUAGUGGGUUUGGGAAGAUGAGUUUCUCAGAUGGCGUUUCAAAAUUGCAUGUUGAAGAUGCAUCAAAUGAAAUGGAGGCAACUACAACAAGGGUAGACAUACUUGAUAACACUAAGCCCGUAAAGAGAAAGAAAGCUCAUGAAGACAUAGUGUUAAAUUCAAUGAACUCUGAUACAUUAGAAGCUGCACUUUUGGACUUGGAGGAACUUGUAAACCGGAUUAAAUGGAUGAAGGGUAUCUUGGAGAUUGGAUUACCUUCGACUGGUGCGAUGCGACCCCGUUGGAAAUUUCUUGGAGAUCAUUCCUCGUCCACCCCAAAGUGAGGGUUUUCACUCACAGUAAGUCACAUGGUAUAUUACAGUUUGUUAUAACAUGCUAAAACUCUGAAUGGCAUUCAGCCAUUCAGAUUGCUUCUAAUCCACACAGAUCCAUAUCUAACUGCCUAUCUUUAUAGGCACUAAUUUGUUGACCACUGAGCAUGCUGUAAAGCAAUCACAUAUUGACAGGCAAUGACAGCAAGGUUAAACUUUAUGCAGAA